GGCGCAGCUCAGAGCCUCGUAUUUGAAAAAACGAGCAGCGAGGUCCGGAGUAAUUUACCAGUUCAUCUCCAAACCUCUGGAAGAUGAGCACGAGGACCUUCAGCUCCAGAUGCAUCAUGUCGACAGGCGUCAUGAAAACUUUUAACUUUCUACUUUUAACUAGUUUGCUGUUUCCUGAAACUAUCCUGGGAGUGUAUCGUGUCAGUUGUCCAGCUCUGAUCGAGGCAGUAGAAGGGGACGCUGUGACUCUGCGGGGGUCUCUGCGUCCUCCGGUCAACUUGUCUCCUUACACAGUGGAUCUGAAGAGACUCGACCUCCGUGACGAGCUCGUCCACGUGUACCGACAUGGACGGGACGAUGUCCUCUCACAGAGUCAUCGCUACAAACACAGAACCACCCUGGUCCACGGAGACCUGGUCCGAGGAGACGUGACUCUGCAGGUCUCCCCGGUAAACCUGUCUGACGCAGGACGCUACGAAGUCUACGUCCCAAAACUGAAAGCCCGAUGUGGUUUUAACCUCACUGUGUG